AAACAUGUUCGGGGUGUAAAUAUGGGGAAAUAUCGGGUUUUAUUUAAAAGCGAGGGACUCUAGAUGUAUCUCACCACCAAAGAACAAUUGCGAGGCUUUAGAAAAUUGCGUUUUGUGUAUAUUCAUGAGAGCUGGAAAGUUAGCCAGCCCCAAGGGCGUCCGGUGUCUGAAGCAUUGCGUUUGAGGAAUUUAGCCUGUGCAAUACCACUGCUCCUUGGGUAUCUCAUGUGCGUCGAUCACUAGUGACUACACGAACAGACGCCCUGUACGAUGCUAAAACGAACAAAAACGCACAAAAAAAGUCCGUAUUUGAAAGGUUCUUUGACGUCCCAAUAACUCUUUGAGCUCGUGAAGAACUGUUCCUACUUAAGACCCUUAUUCCUACUCAAGCACUAUUGCCCCCUGGCGCUCUAGAAAAGCAACAGUGCGAUAAAGUACUUUUGUAAAAAAGGAGCUUAAAAGAACCCCAUAUAGGUUUUUGAUAAAGAACCCUAUUAGGGUUAUUUGUGACUUAAAUCCUAGAAGGACUGCCAUUAUAGAGACGUACACCCAUAUUUUGAGUGAUGUACAUAUAUUUUAAUAUUAAAAUAGGGUGCCUUUGCAUGAAACACCCUUCAUAGCAUGAAGGGCGUGGUAAAGGAUGCUACGGUGACAUGUGGGCGAACACAAUUUUUGAAGAGUGUUCGGUCUUUAAAAACAGUUUUAGCGGAGGUUGUUUAGCGACCAUGUCUUAUAAUCAUUGACCUACCGGUUCCUUUUACUUGGAGAUACAAAUGGCCUUGGAUACGUUACGCUUCACGUGGAAUAUCUACGAAAACAAAGGAGUGACGAAUAAGUGCGGCGGCUGUCACGACUCACUCCACGUGUCGGCUACGUUGUUUGUCAACAGUAACGAGCUGCCCACGUGGCCUUCUACUUUUCUGGUUUUUGUUAUUGCGAAAUUUAUGACGCGUCUGUUCAUUAGGCUUACCCCCGGGGACACCUCCAGUCGAUUCCGCGGCCGGGGCAUCUCUGAUGAUAGUCUCGUGCAAACUUCAGGCAGCCAGCAAUUCCGCAAAUGGUGAGGCGUCGACACGAGCGCGCGGCUUUGGCGGGCGGAGAGGCGAUAAAAAUAGUCGGCAAAGGCUGGCGGCUGAACAGGCCGUUCGACGCUGGAGCGCGCGCGGCCGUAGCCCUGCAGGACGACGGGGAGCGAUAGCGAGCGUUGCUCCGCUUCCUGCCAUGACGCGGGACCUCCCCGGUGUUUGUGUGCCGCCGCCGUCGCUGCUGCUACGCGUUCGCGCGUAAAAACCUCCUCCAGACUCUCGCUGAGAGGCAACGGCGGGGAAACCGGUGGUGGGGCUCCUCGUCUCCAAGUGACUCAGUCUUGUGAGCGUUUUGCUGCAGCGCGAGCAAUCGCGCCUGUGUUUGUUUCUACGGUGAACAGGCGGCUUUCCUUUUCUUCUUACGUGUGCACAGUUUGUGAACUCUUGUCAGUCUUCGAGAACCACGCGCCUGGUGCGGUGCUCUUGCGGCUACGGUGACUCCACGACAUCCUUGUUCCUCCAGUCGUCUCUGCUCUGCUGUUAUUUGAGAUCGGUUCACAUAAUGGUUAUCGGAGGCUGAUAGACCGUUUUCCUUGCCUCGACUGUAUACUUUCGGUCAUUUCUGUACAUCCUCGUGGAUCGGGUUCUUGUUUUGGUGCCUCGGUUCUCCACUGGUUCGAAGUUUUGUCCCCCUUUGGCUCGUCUCUGUCGCGUCCCUACAUCGUUCCCUUUUGUCGUAGAAGUCCUCUUGGCUUCAGAUUUCUAUGCACUUCGAGCGUCUCCGAACAUGCUACUCGUUAAUCCGUUCUCGCGAUGUCCCUCUAUCGGCCAGUGAUCAAGUGGGCGUGAAAGCUGCCCGUUUCCGCCGCCAAGGCCUCGGUCUGUAGUUUCUGGAGCCUGGACACUCCGUACGUGGUCUGGUGAAGGAAGUGUUGUGCGCUGCAGCGAACGAUCAGAAUUUUCCUCUUAUAGUGUAUUGCUUUGACGGCUACUUCGGGCUCUGCUGUGCUGUGCUACGGGUGUACUCUCCGUUUUCCGUCCUACGCGGUAUUGAUCCGACGGUCAGCGUGAUUACCCGGACGAGGGGAAUUGAGCUCAAGAACAAGACGGAAUAGAAUGUGUGGCAGUUGCGGUUGAAUAAGGGUUCGUACAUCGUCUGAUCUGCCAUGGGCGAGCUGUGGCGAAAAGGAUUUACGAAGCUCGGGGAGCGCGGGGCCGGCCUGAAAAACCGUAGCGGCCGCAUCCAGGACUUCGACCAGCUCAAGAAGGAGUGCCUGGCCAGCGGCAGCCUUUUCGAAGACCCGGAGUUCCCGUGCACAGCCGAGUCCGUCUGGGGCCCCAAGGACCACAAGUUCCCCAUCGAGUGGAUGCGGCCACCGGAAAUAUGUCGACAUCCAAAGCUGUUUGUAGAGGGCGCGUCAAGGUUCGACGUUGUUCAAGGCAGCGUCGGCAACUGCUGGAUGGUGGCCUCGGCGGCCAACCUGACGCUGAACGACGAGCUGUUCUACCGUGUGGUGCCGGAGGACCAGGGCUUCGACUCGGACUAUGCGGGCAUCUUCCACUUCCGCAUCUGGAAGGCCAACCGUUGGAUCGACGUGGUGGUGGACGACCGGCUGCCCACCAUGGACGGGGCGCUCAUCUUCAUGAAGUCACGCGCUGGAGACGAGUUCUGGAGCGCACUCCUCGAGAAAGCAUAUGCCAAAAUGCACGGGAGCUACGAGGCCCUCAGCGGGGGUUCUGCCUGCGAGGCCAUGGAGGACUUCACGGGAGGAGUGACGGAGCAGAUCGACCUCAAGAACCCCCCCAAGCACCUCUUUCUACUCAUGAUGAAGGCAUACCAACGGUCCUCGCUCAUGAGCUGCUCCAUCCCCGUGGGGUCCAUACCUGAAGAAAAAUUGGCAAGCGGUUUGGUCGCCGGUCAUGCCUACAGUAUCACAGCAGUUAGACUUGUCUUCAUUGAGCGCCUCAACGGCAGGAUGCCUCUAAUCCGACUCCGGAAUCCGUGGGGCGAUGACACGGAGUGGAGAGGGGCCUGGAGUGAUAAGUCCAGGGAGUGGAGUCUGGUCUCGGAGAGCGAGAGGGAAUCCAUCGGACUUACCUUUGAUGCAGACGGAGAGUUCUGGAUGUCAGAGAGGGAUUUCCUGAAGGAGUUCCACUUUCUCGAGAUCUGCAACCUGGGACCCGACGCCCUGGAUCAAGACAUGCUGACGGACAGCUCCAAGAAGAAGUGGGAGGUGUCCAUCUUCGAAGGGGCCUGGGUGCGGGGUGCCACCGCGGGGGGAUGCCGAAACUACCUGGACACUUUCUGGGUGAACCCGCAGUACUUCAUUACGCUGGAAGACCCCGACGAUGAUGACGAGGAACAGAACUGCACCCUCAUCGUGGCACUGAUGCAGAAGAACCGGAGAGCGGCGAGGACCCUGGGUGCUGGGUUGUUCCUCACCAUUGGCUUCGCGCUCUACAAGAUUGACGACCCAGACCACUGCCCGAACCCGCUGGACAUGGCCUUCUUCAAAUUCAACCCGUCGGCGGCCCGGUCACACACGUUCAUCAACUCGAGGGAGGUGACGACGCGCUUCAGCCUCCCACCGGGCACCUACUGCGUGGUGCCGUCCACCUUCGAGCCCAACCAGACUGGCGAGUUCCUGCUCCGGGUCUUCACCGAGAAGAAGAACGUCUCCGUCGAACAUGACGAAAAGGUUGCAAUCAUUCCUCCUGACGACAAUGUCCGUGCAAAAGAAGAGGACCCCAGUUCCGAACGUGCCCAGAUGUUGCGCGCUCUCUUCGCCAAGAUUGCCGGCGACGACAUGGAGGUGAACAGCCUCGAGCUCCAGAAGAUCCUCAACAUGGUCUUCAAGAAAGAGCGCACUGUUCCGAAAGCAAAGGCACCCCCACGAGGUGAGCCCAAGUGGCUCGAAGGGCUUAACUGUUUUGACUGCUUUAGCUGUCCAUCCGCAGUGGAAGACGAAGGGGAGAACGAGUUAAGGUCGGAGCAGUUCGCCCUGGAUGUCUGUCGUAGCAUGGUUGCUCUCAUGGACGACGACCACUCGGGCAAGCUGGGACUGGAAGAGUUCAGAGCGCUUUGGAUACUCAUCAGAACUUGGAAGAACGUCUUCACUGCCUUCGACAAGGACGGAUCUGGUUACCUGAGCACGUUCGAGCUGCGGGCGGCCUUGCACUCUGCCGGAUAUCUCGUAAACCAGCACAUCCUCAAGGCACUGGUCCUGAGGUAUGGCAACGACGACGGGAACAUCGCCUUUGAGGACUUCAUUGGUUGCGCUGUCAAGCUGAGGACCAUGAUUGAGGUGUUCAAGGAGAAAGACCCGAGGAACCUCGGAAGUGCAGUCUUCACAAUAGACGAGUGGCUGGAGAACACAAUGUACUGCUAGGGACCUCUACACGACUGCGGGAUCUACGGCCGGCCACCCAAAAGAGCAUUUAGUGCGGUCUGGACAAGGAAAACCGAUCGACUCAGUCCUGUACUUCUUCCGAGGUUGCUUCGCUUCCUUUAGCUCCCGAGAUAACGCCAAUCAGCAAUCGUGCCCUCCCCCCACCCUGCGUGUGGCGGAUGGGCAAAGCACGUUCUGUAUAACCAGAGUAUUUGGAGUUUGGACGGACUGUGCGUGCGUAUAUGACACACACGAGAAGAGACACGCACGGCGAGAGUGCUUACAGCAGGUGGAACAACGUACGGAAAAGUUCUCUCACUGCCAAGGUGUCCAGUAGGUGUUUCUAAUUUUAAAUUUCCCACAUGUUGCAGCAAGCUUGUUGUUGUUUUUGCAAAGUUUAUUAUUUAAGCGCCCGAUGCGUUUUGGGGUGUCGCAGAAUUGGCCUCUCUCGCUGGCUGCACCCAUGUGAAAGUUGGCUCAUUUCCACCUGUAUUCUGGAACUGGUUUUUGCUGAAUCCGAGUGAAUUGUUUCGUUUCCAGCUGGACUCAGCUGACACCAAUUUCGUAAUCCAGCUGGAAAUGAACUGAUUUUCACCUGAGAAGUGACUUCGCAAUUGCACUAUAAAGAGUUAUCGCAAUACGCGGACGGUUAUGGCACAUUUUUGCAGUCGUGACAAUUAUAAAAUUAUAUUUGAGAUAUAUUUAUGCAAACUUGCCUCUGAGCUAUUUUUGAAUACAAGGGGCGUUUGCACUUUUUGGCCCCUGCUACCGAAGUUAUAAAUAUUAUGCACGUUGCGCGGAUCUUCGUUGGUCAGCUUUUUUUUAAAUUUGACAAGAUGCUUUUUGGUUUGAAGAGGUGUUCAAAUGAGGGAAUGGUGCAUUUUGUUGCUCUGUCCAGUACAUGUGUGUGGUAAUGUUUUUUAUUGACAUUUCAUGUUCGGUGUGCCGAUUCAUUUCAUCAAUCCUUUUUUUUUCCUUUUUACACGGAGAGGCUUUCCUCUAGUCAUGGGCAAUGCGUUAUUACCGCACCAGUGUUACACACUGCAGGAUAUUUCUACACUGCUUCAUAUACACAGCUGUUGAUUCGAUGUGAUGGUUCCCGUUUAUGUUGCAAAAUAAACCCACCGCUUCUGAAACAGA